ACUUCGUCCCUCCCCGUCUCCUCCCCGCGCAGCCGCCACCUCCGCGCUCCUCCUCCUCCCCCCCUCCCCUCGCAAAUAGUCCCGCGGGCCGCCCCCUCCCUCCGCCCGCGCCCCUCCUGCCGCCGCCUCGCGCACACAAUGGCGCUGAAGAGAAUCCACAAGGAGUUGAACGACCUGGCACGUGAUCCUCCAGCACAGUGUUCAGCAGGGCCUGUCGGGGAUGACAUGUUCCAUUGGCAAGCUACAAUAAUGGGACCAAACGACAGUCCCUAUCAAGGUGGAGUAUUUUUCUUGACAAUUCACUUCCCGACAGAUUAUCCCUUCAAACCACCUAAGGUUGCAUUUACAACAAGAAUCUAUCAUCCAAAUAUUAACAGUAAUGGCAGCAUUUGUCUUGAUAUUCUACGAUCACAGUGGUCCCCAGCACUAACUAUUUCAAAAGUACUUUUGUCCAUCUGUUCUCUGUUGUGUGAUCCCAAUCCAGAUGAUCCUUUAGUGCCUGAGAUUGCACGGAUCUACAAAACAGAUAGAGAAAAGUACAACAGAAUAGCUCGGGAAUGGACUCAGAAGUAUGCGAUGUAAUUAAAGAAAUUAUUGGAUAACCUCUACAAAUAAAGAUAGGGGAACUCUGAAAGAGAAAGUCCUUUUGAUUUCCAUUUGACUGCUUUCUAUGAGCCCACGCCUCAUCUUCCCCUGUGCACAUGUUUACCUGAUACAGCAGUGCUGCGUGUUGUACAUACUUGGAACAACAAACUAGAAAUACUGUAUUUCCCCGUACCAACAUUGACUCCUAGCAGAGAAGUGUGUGUGUGAAAAGCUGGUUCUUCAGUCAUAACUUUGUGAGCCUAAAAGCAUUCCUUGCUGAGUUAAAUUGGGAAAUCAAAUGGGAAUGGGGAGAGUUCUGGUGGGUUUCAGAUUUUCUAGGGACAGUGUUGCUGAUCCAUGAAGGAUUUUAAGUGGAAUCCUUUUAAACUCAUAACAGUUAUGAAAAGCAAGGUGAAGAACUUGAAGCUGUUUCUGUAUUCAUUUUAUUCUGAAGGACCUACACCUUAGGUAAAUGUUAUGACCAAUGAGAAACUGUACCCACAUCCUGUGUUUAAGGUCUAAGUUUAACCGGUCACCAUUUAAAUGGAUUGGAGCUAUUAGUGCAUCAAGUGAUGUUGAUUUGUUUCAACUCUCUCCCUCCCUUCAUACUUUUUUUGGUUUGUAUGUGGUUUCUCAGUUAAUACCUAGCUAAUAGCUCUUAUUUUUCUUAAGUUUUUUAACUGCUUAGGUCUUUCUGGAUGUAAGGGUAAAAAAAAAAAUCCAUAUGACAGAAAACUUGUGUGUAUUUAAAGACCCAACUGCUCCCCUGGAGCUUGUACGUUCAAGAAUGAAUUAAUCUGUGUAAUAAACUGAUUACUACAGUCAUUACAUAUAACUUUGUGUGAAUAGGCUUUUAAUUUUCAGAGCAGUUUGUUACAGGCUUAAACUAACGGUGGAUUUCUCUAAAAAAAAACUUUUUGGGCUGAAGUCAUGAAGCAGUUUGGUUUGCAUCACACAAGGCACCUGAAGAGGCAAACAGGAGCUUGAGCACUUAGAUGAAAUCAGGAUGUGUAGUGUGCCAGGAACUUGACUGUUAAACCAAAUAAGCAGUUUACUAAAUGCGAAUCAGAGUGACAUUUUACAAAGCCUGAUGGUAUUACUCCCACUUGCAUGGGACCUAACACAAUGCAUAUGUACUGUAGGUAAGUGAAACCUUAUGUAACUAAAAAAAUGGAUGUAAAAGGGUAAAAAAAAGAAAAAACCUACCAAACACAUCAGCACAAACUUUCAUAAAAUGUAGCUUUUACAUAAUUACUUUGCACUAAACAUUUGCAAAUGUUCA